GCUUGAAACUGCUCAGUGGCUGAUAAUGCAGAGAUCGCCCAUAGAAAAGGCCAAUGCCUUUUCCAAACUCUUCUUCAGAUGGCCAAAACCCAUUUUAAAAAAAGGUUACAGACAAAAGUUGGAGCUGUCAGAUAUCUAUCAGAUUCCUUCUUCAGACUCUGCAGAUGAUCUUUCUGAGAUGUUAGAAAAGGAAUGGGACAGAGAGCUCGCAACCUCAAAGGACAACCCAAAACUUGUCAAUGCACUGCGGCGAUGCUUUUUCUGGAGAUUUAUGUUCUAUGGAGUUCUGCUGUAUUUUGUGGAAUUCACCAAAGCUGUACAGCCUCUCUGCCUCGGACGUAUAAUAGCAUCAUACAACAAGAGGAAUACAUACGAGCGUGAAAUUGCAUAUUAUCUAGCUCUUGGGCUCUGCUGUCUUUUCAUAGUGAGGACACUUUUUCUGCACCCUGCUGUCUUUGGUCUCCAACAUUUGGGAAUGCAGAUGAGGAUAGCACUGUUCAGUUUAAUUUAUAAGAAGAUCUUGAAAAUGUCAAGCAGAGUCCUUGAUAAAAUUGACACUGGGCAGCUUGUCAGUCUUCUAUCAAACAAUCUCAACAAGUUUGAUGAGGGCUUGGCACUUGCUCACUACGUAUGGAUCGGACCAGUUCAAGUCGUCCUUUUAAUGGGAUUGCUGUGGAAUGAAUUAACUGAAUUUGCAUUUUGUGGACUGGGCUUCCUGAUAAUCCUUGCCCUGUUCCAAGCCUGGAUUGGCAAAAAGAUGAUGCGAUACAGAGAUAAACGUGCUGGAAAGAUAAAUGAACGACUUGCAAUCACAUCAGAAAUUAUCGACAACAUUCAGUCAGUGAAGAUGUACUGCUGGGAGGAUGCCAUGGAAAAGCUAAUUGAUAAUAUAAGGCAGGCUGAACUAAAGCUGACUAGGAAAGUCGCCUACUGCAGAUACUUCAAUAGUUCGGCGUUCUUCUUCUCCGGCUUUUUUGUUGUGUUUCUCUCUGUGGUACCGUACGCUUUUGUGCAUACUGUAAAACUGCGGAGGAUCUUCACCACCAUUUCAUACAACAUUGUCCUCCGAAUGACAGUCACCAGACAGUUCCCAUCCUCCAUACAAACGUGGUACGAUUCUUUGGCAACCAUUCGUAAAAUACAGGACUUCCUACAUAAAGAUGAACACAAGACUGUGGAAUAUAACCUGACAACGAAAGAUGUUGAGAUGGUUAAUGUGACUGCAUCCUGGGAUGAGGGGAUCGGAGAGUUGUUUGAAAAAGUCAAACAGAAUGACACAGAGUCUAAGAUGGUGAAUGGUGACGCUGGCCUGUUCUUCAGUAACUUCUCUCUGCAUGUUACACCCGUCUUGAAAAACAUCAGCUUCAGAUUAGAGAAAGGGGAACUUAUGGCUGUCGCUGGGUCUACAGGAGCUGGCAAGACCUCUCUGCUGAUGAUGAUAAUGGGAGAACUGGAGCCGACAGAGGGUAAAAUUAAGCACAGCGGCAGAAUUUCCUUCUCACCUCAGGUGCCCUGGAUCAUGCCAGGAACAAUCAAAGAAAACAUCAUCUUUGGGCUUUCAUAUGACGAGUACAGAUACACCAGUGUUAUUCACGCUUGUCAGCUGGAGGAGGACAUUUCAAUGCUGCCUAACAAGGAUAAGACUGUUCUCGGAGAUGGAGGAAUCACUCUCAGUGGAGGCCAAAGAGCAAGAGUCUCGCUGGCAAGAGCACUUUAUAAAGAUGCUGAUCUGUACCUACUGGAUUCACCUUUUAGUCACCUUGAUAUGUCCACAGAAAAGGAGAUAUUUGAAAGUGGUGUUUGUAAGCUGAUGGUAAACAAGACUCGAAUUCUGGUGACUUCCAAGCUGGAGCAUUUAAAGAAGGCAGACAAGAUUCUCCUCCUACACGAGGGCCACUGCUAUUUCUACGGAACCUUUUCUGAGCUUCAAGGGGAGAAGCCAGACUUUAGCUCUCUGCUGCUGGGAUCCGAGGGCUUUGAUACCUUCAGCUCUGAAAGAAGGAACUCAAUCCUCACCGAGACUCUGCGACGGUGUUCCAUCUCCUCUGGGGAUGGCAAUAGUUUGGGAAACUGCGGAGAAGUUCGAAGGUCAUCGUACAAACAGCCACCGACAGAGUUCAGCGAGAAGAGAAAAUCAUCUAUUAUUAUUAAUCCAAUAAUGUCAAACAAGAAGUUCUCCCUCAUACAAACAGCUAUGUCAUACCCACAAGCAAAUGGAACCGAGGAUAACCUCAGUGAGCCGGGUGAAAGGCGUUUUUCUCUCGUUCCGGACACUGAUCUAGGAGAAUUAGCUCAGCCCCACAACAGAAUAUUCAGAAGCGAAGUUGGCUUUCACGCGCACAGGCGGCAGUCUGUACUGGCACUCAUGACCAACUCUUCAACAUCACAGAGCAGAUUACACACACGGAAGAACACCGUGCACAAAUUGUCCAUGGCUCCUCAGACCAACUUCGCCUCAGAGAUAGACAUUUACUCCAGGCGCUUGUCCGAAGAUGGCAAAUUUGAAAUUAGCGAAGAAAUAAAUGAAGAGGACCUAAAGGAAUGCUUUGUUGAUGACGAGGAAGUACGAAAUGUUACCACCACAUGGAGCACGUACCUAAGAUAUGUGACAACCAAUCGCAACUUAGUCAUUGUCCUUAUCCUGUGUCUGGUUAUAUUUAUCAUUGAGGUGGGCGUUUCACUGUUUGGACUUUGGGUAAUCACAGGGAUACCGGAUGCCACCAGCUCAGAAAAUAACAGCACCUCAACAGAAGAGCUUUCUGUCUUUUCCAAAUUCAUUACAAAUGGCAGCUAUUAUUAUAUAUUCUACAUCUACGUGGGGCUUGCGGAUAGCUUCCUGGCACUCGGUGUAGUUCGAGGCCUGCCACUGGUCCACACCCUUGUUACUGUAUCCAAAGACCUGCACAAACGAAUGCUGAGCUCCAUUCUGCGAGCCCCUAUGACCACCUUCAACAGAAUGAAACCAGGUAGAAUUCUAAACCGGUUCAUUAAAGAUACAGCUAUACUGGAUGACAUGCUGCCUCUCACUGUUUUUGACUUUGUACAGUUGAUACUGAUUGUGGUGGGAGCUAUCGGAGUGGUGUCUGUACUACAACCCUACACUCUUUUGGCUGCUAUUCCUGUAGCAGUUAUUUUCAUCAUGUUGAGGGCAUACUUCCUCCGCACAUCACAGCAGUUGAAGCAGCUGGAGUCAGAAGCUCGCAGUCCUAUUUUUAGCCAUCUUAUCACGUCGUUGAAAGGACUGUGGACCGUGAGAGCAUUCGAACGCCAGUCGUAUUUUGAGACACUUUUCCACAAAGCCUUGAACCUGCACACCGCAAACUGGUUUCUCUACCUCUCGACGCUCCGCUGGUUCCAGAUGAGGAUUGACAUCGUAUUUGUCAUCUUCUUCAUUGCCGUUACAUUCAUCUCCAUAGCAACACAUGAUGUUGAAGAAGGAAAGGUUGGAAUUAUCCUCACGUUAGCCAUGAAUAUCAUGAGCACUUUGCAGUGGGCUGUAAAUUCAAGCAUUGAUGUAGACAGUCUGAUGCGGUCUGUGAGUAGAAUCUUUAAAUUCAUCGACAUACGCCAAGAAGGGGGUGAGACUGAGACCAGGCACAGUGACGGGGUACCCUCCAAUAUAGUUGUGAUUGAAAACAAACACCUAACUGGUGAGUGGCCGUCCGGAGGCCAAAUGAUAGUGAGGAACCUCACAGCCAAGUACACCAAUGAUGGACAGCCAGUGCUGCAGAACCUCUCCUUCUCAGUAAACGCAGGACAAAGGAUUGGUCUGCUGGGAAGAACAGGUUCUGGGAAAAGCACCUUACUCUCUGCUCUGCUGCGUCUCUUGUCCACUGAAGGGGAAAUACAGAUCGAUGGGAUUUCCUGGAAUUCAGUCUCUUUGGAAAAGUGGAGGAAAGCAUUUGGGGUCAUACCACAGAAGGUCUUUGUGUUCUCGGGAACCUUUCGGAGGAACCUGGAUCCUUAUGAGCAGUGGAGUGACGAGGAGAUCUGGAAAGUCACUGAGGAGGUCGGUUUGAAGUCAAUGAUUGAGCAGUUUCCCGACAAACUGAACUUCAUUCUGGUGGAUGGGGGUUACAUCCUCAGCAACGGCCACAAGCAGCUGAUGUGUUUGGCCCGAUCCAUUCUCAGUAAGGCCAAGAUCCUGCUCCUGGAUGAGCCGUCUGCACAUCUCGAUCCUGUAACAUUCCAGGUCAUAAGAAAAACCCUGAAGUAUGCAUUCGCAGACUGCACGGUUAUACUCUCAGAGCACAGAGUGGAAGCGCUCCUCGAGUGUCAGCAAUUCCUAGUAAUCGAGGGCUGCUCGGUUAAGCAGUUUGAUGCUCUUCAAAAACUACUGACUGAAGCCAGCCUUUUCAAGCAGGUCUUUGGACAUUUGGACCGGGCAAAGCUAUUUUCAGCUCACCGAAGGAAUUCAAGCAAGAGGAAAACACGACCAAAAAUAAGUGCCUUGCAGGAGGAGGCAGAGGAAGACCUCCAGGAGACGAGAUUAUGAGCUCUGCAGAUUACUAAAUGCAUUCAACGUUCAUGAAGAUAUCACAAGUAGUGGAGUUGUAUGUGUGUAUGUG